UCUGUUCACACAAUUUCUCCAUCUUUGAAUAGGAAUAUUUGCUUAGCUUCCUUAAAAGUCAAGGUCAUGAACUUACUUGAAUUAACAAGCAUGAUUAGACAUUUCGCGAAAAAAGAAUAAAAAGCACCAAGCAAAAUGGUGAGAUACGCUUGGUUAUCAUAUGCAAUACAUGGAAAGUGAGGAUGAUAUGGUUGUUCUCAUCCCUUGAUUUGACAUUACAAAUAGAAACAGAAUUUCUGAUAGGAGCUCCGUUUAACUUUUAACAAUACCUUAUGAAUGUCCCAAUUCUAAUUAGGGUCUGUCAUCAGUCUUUGAUGAGCAGGUUCAAUGUCCAAGGUUUCCCCACAAUUUUGGUAUUUGGUGCUGACAAGGACAGCCCUGUCCCAUACGAAGGUGCAAGAACAGCAUCAGCCAUUGAGUCCUUUGGAUUAGAGCAGCUGGAAACAAAUGUUGCACCUCCUGAAGUGAUUGAGUUGACUAGCCCAGAUGUCAUGGAAGAGAAAUGUAAUUCUGCUGCAAUCUGCUUUGUUUCGUUCCUGCCGGAUAUAUUAGAUUCCAAGGCUGAAGGAAGGAACAAAUACCUAGAAAUGUUGUUAUCUGUUGCGGAGAAGUUCAAGAGAAAUCCCUACAGUUACGUUUGGGUGGCUGCUGGUAAGCAACCAGACCUUGAAAAGCACGUCGGUGUAGGUGGUUAUGGAUAUCCAGCUAUGGUAGCUUUGAAUGUUAAAAAAGGAGUAUAUGCACCUCUUAAGAGUGCGUUCCAGCGCCAGCCGAUAAUAGAUUUUGUGAAAGAAGCUGGACUUGGUGGAAAAGGUAAUCUUCCAUUAGCUGCUACUCCUUCAAUUGUAAAAACUGAAGCAUGGGAUGGAAAAGAUGGGGAAAUCAUUGAAGAAGAUGAGUUUUCCCUUGAAGAACUUAUGGGCGACGACACACCAAACAAGGAUGAGUUAUAAUUCUUCUUCACUCUCAUGGAGUAUUAUGUUAAGCUAGUUAGAAACAGUUUUGACGUAACAAGCCGUGUAUUACCGUGUUAUAGUUUAUUCAUCAUCAGAUUGACAUCCCCAGUUCAAAAGAUUUCCUUUUUCCUUUGUUUCCUCUGGAAGUUUACAUGGAUUGUUACUCUUGGGGAUAUAUCAGAAGUCACUUUUUCUGUUGUUAUAUUACGUAAGUCAGUGCUAUAACAGGUUUAGAACAUAAUAUUUAUUGCAGACUAUAGCACUACACCACCUUGUAUUGCCGGGAAAAGUUUCAAGAUUAUCUGGACUAUGUAUUUGUUGUCAAAGUUAGCUAUUUAUCGUGUGGAUGGUCAUGAUA